GCGCCAUCGCCUUCCCCGCCUCCUCUCGACACGCAUCCCCUGUUCCCCUACCAUACCCAUGGCCACCGACCGUCUCCUCUACUUUCUCCUAGCGCCAACAGGCUUUCCGGCUGCCGACCCCACCCGCGCGGCUCGCCGGAGUCCUCUACAGACGCAGCGGGUCCACUUUUGUCAGGGUGCUACGGUGAUGCGGCGUGCAUCCCUAUCCUGCUCGAGCACUAGCUCCGGCGGGGAGGGGAGGCCAGGCUAACGUACAAGGAUGCUGGCGUGGACAUAGACGCCGGCGCCGAGCUUGUCCGCCGCAUAGCUAGGAUGGCACCCAGGAUUGGCGGCUUCGGGGGUCUCUUUCCCAACAAUGACGAUUAUCUUGUUGCUAGCACCGACGGGGUCGGGACGAAGCUGAAGCUUGCUUUCGAAAGUGGUAUUGAUGACACAAUCGGCAUUGACCUGGUGGCAAUGAGCGUCAAUGACAUUGUUACUUUAGGUGCAAAACCAUUGUUCUUCCUAGAUUACUAUGCAACAAGCAAGCUUGAUGUUGAUCUUGUAGAGAAGUACUUUGUAAUUUUUUAGGUUAUCAAGGGGAUUAGGGAUGGGUGCGAAUAAUCAGAUUGUGCUCUCCUAGGAGGAGAGGUAAGAUUUCUGAAAUCAAAUUACCAUGACUUAGCAAUUCAACCAUGCGGUAUUGCGCCAUUAUCCUUGUAAGCUCGAUAACUGUAUAUGAAUGGAUCUUUGAACU